UUUCAGGUAAAUUGAUCAUAAACCGCCGUGGGUAAGCGAGGAUGGAAUCGAGUUCGGCAAACAGUGAUACAUGUAAAAUGAUGGAUACACUUGUAGCCGGAUAUCUUGGCAGACAAAAAUAUUGGGAAUCACUGAAAUGUUUAAUGAAUGAAUCGUCAAUUCUACGUGCUGCACAAUGUGGCGGGAUGUCGAUUGUUUUGGGUGACACCGUGCACGGGAAGCAUCUGGAAGAAAUCAUCAUUUUAUUCAGUGAAUAUGGUAAUUUUGGUCUAAAUCCAGGCUUGCUUGACUUUGGAGUCAGGCUACGCUCACUUGCAAACGAAUUUACAUCGUUGACAAAUGCCGGUGCUCAUUGGUCUGAUGCACAAAGAUUGCUUUAUGGCAAGCAUUCAGCACCAUCGCGAAAUUGUUCGCAGCAAAAUUUAUCAGUAACAACCGGCGAGUUGAAUAUUUGUGAAACAAAUCAGCGUAUGUUACCUGCUGCUAAUGCCGAUUCAACUACCAGUAUUUCCAGUCAACAUAGUAAUGGAUCCGCUACGAGAAGGAAGUGCACUCAGCCAGUAAGUAUAAACACCAGACGGCGGGAAUUCAUGAAAGAAGUAGUUGAGCCAGUUGUGCAUACAGCCCAGCAAAUUAUUGACAAUGGAAAUGGCAAUACCACCGAUCCUAAUUCAUCGCUUUCCGCGUUAUCAAUGAUUACAAUUGAUGAAAAUGCUGUUGGUACGUUGGAUCGAUGUAUGGCACACGAAAACUUCGCUGAGCUUAUCGAAAGUAUCGAAAAAGACUUCCCGGACGGAUUUUUUGAUUCAUUCCCGAAUUCGGAUAAUACGGAGAGUUUGCAUGAAGCAGUUUUUGAUGCUGUGUCAUCGCACUCCAACGAAGCUCAACAGGGACAUGAAGCGAGAGAUGAUGAUAGCCAAAAUUUGUAUAACAUUCCACAUUCGGUGGCAAUUGAAGAAUCAAAACCAUUGUGCUCUUCCACACCGACUAAACCCAAAACUCAGGAAAAGUCUUCCGCAGUGCCAGGAACCUCCAGUUCGAAAGCACCACCAACUUUGAAAACAGAAUCUCGUCGUCUGCAACCAAAAGCUGUGCGGAGAAAUCCGGUGGUUGCUGAAAGCGCGAUAUUCAGAGAUCGGGUCGAAGUAGAAUGUCCUUAUCUGCCGGUUGAGGGAACCGAAAAAGAAGUUGAUGGUACUGGGCAAGAUUUAUUUCUCUCUUCAAGAAAUUUCACGAAAUCCUAUGAUGAUUCUUUUGGCAAAUCGAAAGUGGACAAGUUGGAAAUAUCUGCAGGUUGGAGGAAGCUUGCAGAAUUGUGUGAUGAGUCAAAUAGAAAAGCUGCAGAAAGUGAGGGACGGAAGGCCGCACAGAAAAGCAACAGUUUUGAAACAUGCCAACUAACUAAUCAAAAGCUAAAAGAUAAAGAAGCUAAAAAUUCGCCAUCAUCUUCUGCUGAUUUAGAAAUGAGGAAGAAAGUUCGAAAUGAAUUCUGUACUCCUUUGUCUGUUAAUAGUAAUGCUGAUGUUUCUGGUCAUCAGAUGGGAAAAUGUGUGGAAGAUAAAGAAACUUCACAGAAUACAAAGUUCAUUUCAAAAUCACUCAUCGAACGAGAAAUCGAGCUAUUAUUCGAGAGUUCAGAUGAUCAAGAUUGUGGAAAUUUGCGUACACAAAAGGUUGAUGGAAUGAAAAAUUCGGAUUCUGCUCGUGUUGCACCAACAAAGGAAAAUAAAAAGGGAUCAGAGGAUAGGGAUGAGGUUCCAGGGGAUGAAGGUUUAACUGCUGGUUGCUGUGAACGUCAGAUUUCAGCAAAGUUUGUUGCAGAUAAGAAAAAGGAAAUACCAGAAACCGAAGUCAUUAGUACAAAAAGAAGAAAAGUUAAAAAGCUCGAGGAAGAUCGAGAAGAGGCACGAUUAAGUGCAGAAAGGAGAAAGAAAGAAAAGGAGUUUUUGAUGAAAAAGGAAAGAGAAGAAAUCGAAAGACAGAAGCGUGAAGUAGAAGAAAGGGAACUAAAAAGAGCUGCUGAAAGAGAACGGAAAAGGAGGGAGGAGGAGGAACGUGAAGCACGUGAAAAAGAACUACGUGAAAAACGACGCAAAGAACAAGAAAGGGAACUAAAAAGAGCUGCUGAAAGAGAACGGAAAAGGAGGGAGGAGGAGGAACGUGAAGCACGUGAAAAAGAACUACGUGAAAAACGACGCAAAGAACGUGAGGAUCAUAAACUGUUUGGAGAUGGUGAUAGUUUGAGACCUGUUUCAAAGAUUUCAGAUAGAGACGAGUCAAAAAGAAAGUGUGAAGAAAGUCGUGCGAGGCCAUCAUCCACUCAGAGGACUACUGGGAAAAUAAAGCUCACAAAGGAGGAUUGUCGUACAAAGAAGGAAAAGUCAGAGCGUAACACUGAUAUUAAGGCAACAAAAAACAUAAAGGAAACUGGAUCAAGUCGACCGGAUGCCCUGGACGAUCUUUUUAAUUGCCUUGCUGUAAAACCAGGUACGUCUCGAAAGGACGAAAUAGAUGUAAUGGAAUACAAAAAGGUAGUUUCAGGGGUCAACAAAGGAAGGGGAAAUUUGCUAGUUGGAGGUGGACAUUCAGCCAGAGUUGGUAUGGUACUGGAAAAGGCAACUCGUAUACGGACAAAGUAUGAACAUGAGGAAAAACUGAAACAGGAAUAUCGCAAAGUUGAGGGUAUGCGGCGUGCAACUGCGUCAUCUUUGGAGCACACUACUCGUAAAAGGAUUUUGGAUUUGCCGAUUCCGAAAACACCAGAUCUCUUGUCGCAGCUAUUAAAACCUGACAUUUCAGCGCAGAAUGAUUCGUUACGGCGGAGUGUUUCAGUAAAAAAUAUCAGUAACUGUUCGGAAGCAAAUACAUUGACAGUUGUUUCAAAUUCUAUUUCGAAAAUUCCAAUGUCUUCAAAAUCCACAACAGUUGCUUGCUCCUCUUUUUCCGGCUCCAAUGAAUCGAAAUCGAUACAUCACAAUGAGUCAUCCGGCAUCGAUUCCCCAAGUAGCCAAGUUAAAAAGCCUCGUCUGGAUAUGGCAGCUAUCGAUGCCGUGUUACAAAGUUUACAUGGUUUGGAUAAAGCUUCUUCCUCUUCUUCUCCAUCACUUUCUACAGCUUCUGCUUCUGGAUCAGAAUCGACAUUGAUAUAA